AUGAGAAAGUGCAAAGUCUUCGUCGGUUCCUCCCAUCAGGAGCUAGGACAACUUGUAUGUGAGCGCUUGGGUGUCGAGCCUGCUCCUUGCACCCUCAAAAAGUUCUCCAACGGUGAAACUUCGGUUCAGAUCGGAGUGUCUGUUCGUGAUGAGGACGUCUACAUUAUCCAGCUGGGCUCACCCAACAUCAAUGACCAUAUAAUGGAACUUUUAAUCUUGAUUUCAGCAUGCCGCGGUGGUUCUGCUUCCAAGAUUACGGCAGUUAUUCCUCAGUUUCCAUACCUGAAGCAGCUGAAAAUGAAAAAACAUCGUGGUGCCAUCACCGCUCGCAUGUUGGCCAACCUUUUGGUCAUGGCUGGUGCCGACCACGUGGUGCUGAUGGACUUACAUGCUUCUCAGAUGCAAGGGUUUUUCACCAAACCGGUAGAUAAUCUUUUUGGUGCACCUACCUUGGCAAGGUGGAUUCGUCACAAUGUUCCUGACUGGGAAAACGCCGUGGUAGUUUCUAAAAACCCUGGGGGAACAAAGAGAGUAACCGCAUUGGCAGACUCGCUUAAAAUUAACUUUGCCAUGAUUCACACAGACAGACGCAGAACCAUGGAUAAUUAUUCGUCUAAACGUAAGGCAUUAAAGUCUUCUGCAGAUGGUGACUCUGAGACCGCUGACAAUAUAGUUUCGGAGAUGCAGACAGCUCGUAUAGUUAAGGGCCAUGUCGUUGAUGACGACUAUCCUCCACAAACUCCAAUCACCAAUGGAUCUAUUCCCACCGAUCAUUUGGAGCGUUCCAGUGUAUUGGACCUGGAUGCCUUGGGAGGAUCUUACGAUGCAAACAAUAGUGACGAUGAAGACGAACCAACGUCGCUUGCUGAAGAAAAGCUUAUUACAUUGGUAGGCGACGUUAACGAUAAGGCAGCUAUCAUUCUUGAUGACAUGAUCGAUAAGCCAAACUCGUUCAUUUCGGCUGCUGAGCAUUUGCGUCUCAAUUGUGGGGCCAAGGCUGUUUACGUACUUGGUACCCAUGGAGUCUUCACCGACAAUUGCUUGGAAGCAUUGAAUGCCUCCAAGUGUAUUGACAGGAUCGUUGUCACCAACACCUACCCAAUUGGACGUGAACGUAUCAAUGCCAACAAGAAGUUGUCGGUCAUUGAUGUUUCGCCAAUUUUCGCCGAGUGUAUUCGCAGAGACCACUUUGGUGAGUCUAUUUCUGUUUUAUUUGACUCGCUUACUGCUAUCGAAUAA